AUGCCACAGCAGUGGGCCUCUCGCACUCUGUCGCCGAGCCCACCACACCCACGCGACGAGCAUCAAAAUGAAUCACAAAACCGGCCCACCGACGCUCUUGCCACCGAGAUGUCCGAUCAAGUCACUCCAUCACGCCUCCUCGCUCUCCCUCGUGAGCUGCGCGACGAGAUCUACGAGCACACCUUCUCCGACACCAUCCACGUUCACACCCGCCGCAAAGACAUUCGCACCCGGAAUGCGGGACUCGCUACUUGCAAGCAGAUCCGCCAUGAGGCGCUGAAGGCAUACUACGGACGGACUACAUUCAGGGUGUCUGAUGCUUUCUGGGAUCCGCAUCUCCACACUGCCAGGUUCCUGAAGUCUGUUCCUCCUGAGCAUCGCAACUUCAUCACCACCAUCCACGUCCAUUGCGUCGGCUACGAUGCGGAAGACGGGGCCGAAUUGUCCGAAGAGAGAGCUGAGCUGGAUCUCGAAUUGUUUGCACGUCAGAGAUGUCUCAAGCUUGAAAUUCUGGCGAUCCUCGAGAAAAAGCUGGUUAAAGAGGGUACACUUGUCAAGAAUGGCGUGCUGAAGACCAGAGUCAUGGCUUGGAACGGACGGUUCAAUGAGGAGGUCUGGACUGCGAAGCCUCUCAACGAAGCCCCACCUCGUUUCGAAGACGCUGAAUAA